AUGCCGUUCCAAGUGCCCAAAUGGGCAAUGCCUCCCACACGUCGUAACUAUCGUGCUCAACUUCAAGUGGACAAAGGAGGUAAAUGCAAGGAACAAAUUUCCAUUGGUUCGCAGUCGUGCUAUAUUUUGGGACGCAGUAAAGAACUGAGUGACAUUUGGGUGCAACAUUUUUCCAUUUCACGUCAACAUGCGGUCAUUGCACAUGAUAAAGAGGAACAGAUAUUUCUCAUGGAUUUAGGCUCAGCUCAAGGAACUUUUUUAAAUGACAAGGAAAUUGUACCGAAUGAACGUCAAAAGCUUACAGAUGGAGAUCGUAUCAAGUUUGGAGCAAGCACUAGAACAUACGUGUUCAAAAACGCAAUUGAAGAAGAUGAAGCAUCGGAUCAAAAAGAGAACAAACGUACAGAGACAGCUAGUGGAAACCCGGAACUCCAACGGAUGAUGCAGGAAAUGCAGAGCUUUGGUGACAAGAAACUUUAUCAAAAGCAGAAGAAAAAGGAUGAAAAGAUGAUGACGGAAGCUGAUGCUAAAGUCGAAGAGCGAAAGAGGAGACAAGCUGAGAUCGCAGCAAUGACUGCUCAAAUGAUGCAAGCACCCGCACAGGUUUCCGAGACUAAUGUUGAUGUAGAAGAAGAGCGACAGCGAGAUAAUAGUGCUGAUAGGGACAGCUCAGCAGAAUCUGAGAGUGAUGAUAAUGACGGUGAUAACGACGUGGCGCUUCGUUAUGGUUUACCCAAGUCUCGUGAAGUAGCCCUUGAGAGCCACACGAAAGGGCUGGUUUGCAUUGCCGUUGACACGCCAGGUGCUCGAGUGGCCACGGGAUCCACAGACUACCAUGUCAAAUUGUGGGAUUUCGCUGGCAUGGCACGUCAUGUCCGUCCGUUCCGUGAUGUCGAAGUGGAUGACGGUCACCCGCUUGUGGCUGUGAGCUAUAGCCCGUCAGGAGAUUGCUUGCUUGCGGUUACUGGAUCCUCGCAGCCGAAGGUACUCACGCGUGAGGGUGUGGAAGAGCUGCAAUUUGCAAAAGGAGACAUGUAUGUUGUCGACAUGGCUAAUACUAACGGGCAUACCCACACAGUAACUAGUGGUCAAUGGCAUCCAAAACUACGCGAGCAAAUGAUAACGAGCUCGCUAGACGGUACGGUGCGACUGUGGAGCCUCGGGGGCAAACAGGCAUUCAACAAGCUCGUCAAUACGUCCGUGUUCAAGUUUAAGGACCGCCGCGGCCGGCGAUGUGGAGUGACAACCUGUCGUUUUAAUCCAGAUGGUAGGUUAAUUGCAGGAGCUACUAUGGACGGUCAAGUGCAGUGUAUUGAUCCGCGCAAGGCUUAUGCGGGAGCUGCCAUUACUAUUCGUGAUGCGCAUGCCGACGGUGGGGGUGAUUUGGGCGUUUCUUCGAUCCGGUUUUCGUCCGACGGUAAAUUUAUGGCUUCACGAUCCUGCUCAGAUGAUACCGUCAAGAUCUGGGAUUUGCGUAAAACAAAAGAGAGCAUGAAGGUGUUUCAUGGUAUCGAGGGUGUAUACGGGACGUGUAAUCUCGCCUUCAAUCACAACGGUACGGCCAUAGCUGCCGGGACAUGUGUUCGGAAGGGAAAGGGCCUAAUGGGACAGGUUCUUUUCCUAGAUGUACAUACACCUGGCCUCGUGGAGCCUGUUGCUAGUAUUGACAUGAAGGAAGACGAAAGUGCUGUGUGCGUGGAGUGGCACCACGGUAUCAAUCAGAUUUUUGUUGGAAGCUCUAGGGGGACUUGCCGUAUUUUCUACGAUCCACAACAAAGCACGAAGGGUGUUCUUCUAAGUGCCACGAAGAAGCUGAAGGUGCAAGGCAGUGACUCAGGGGUCCGCAUCGAUGGUGCCGGCAAAAUAUACACUCCCCACGCGCUGCCUAUGUAUCGCGAUGAUACGUCAGGGUCUCGUAAGCGAAAAUACGAAAAGGUACGCGCUGACCCGAAGGAGUCUCGUGCGCCUGAAAAACCCAUUACAGGCCCAGGCAUGGGUGGCAAGAUCAGCGGUAGUACUACUUUCACGCAGUACUUCAUGAAAAGUCAUAUUAAGUCUUCAUUCCGAGAGGAAGACCCACGAGCAGCAAUUUUAAAGUACGCCAAGGAGGCUGAAACAGACCCACAAUUCUUGGGUGUUGCUUACAAAAAGGAAAAGAUGGACCCGCGUUACCAGCUCGCCAAGCAGACUCUUGAGGAGGAAAAACUUGCAAAGGAGGAGGAAGACCGUCGUUUGUUGCAGCCAUAG